AUGCCUGGGUGGCUGUACCAUCGGGACAAGGCCCUGUACUUUCAGCGCGAAAGCGGGCUUCUGUACUGCCGCGACUCCAACAACGAGCUUUAUGAGCUGCAUCAAGGUGAGGAUUAUGGCGGCACGUUGACUGUCCGCGGCGAUGCAGCCACCGUGUCUGCCAAGGGCCAGGCAAGUCGGAAUGUCAUCAUCAAUGAUCUCCAUCGUGCAGCAGCCUCCAUGAAGCUGGACUUCAGCCACCAUGACAGCCCGGCUGCGAUGUUCGCAGUUUACGAUGCAUCUGCCGGACGUGGGGAGCAUGCAGAAGCCGCAGCUAAAGGGCUCCACAUGCAGCUCCUGCCGCGCCUUGCUGCGUGGCGUGGCCGUUGGCAGAACGACCGUCUACAGGGCGUGCUCGCGGAGUCCAUUGCGCAGCUCAGGCAGGAGAUCGCACCUGAAAGGGGUGUUGCCCUGGCAGUGGCGCUUCUGCUUGGUGGACGCCUAACAAUGGCCGCAACCGGUGGUGCUAUUUGCAUGAUUUUUGGCCAGGUGGGUCAGUCUGAUGGCAACGUGGACAACUUGGAGGUGCUGGGACCAGAGAAUGAGGAUGCAGAGGCGAUGACGCACUGUGCUGUCCUAGAGGACAGCCACUUGGGAGCACUUCUGACUGUGAAAGGUGUACGGACUUCUGGCCUGCCCUCGGCAAGAAUGCGUGCUUUGGCCCGAUCACAUGUCAUGGCAGAUCGACCUCGGGCAGGCUGUGUCGCACUUCUGGAAGAAGCUCGCAAAGUUGGUGGUGAACCUCCAUUAGUGGCGGCUGCGGUGCGAUUCAACUGGUCAGGUUCUCGCGGACAAGAUCCUGGAAAGCGCCUGAAAACAGAUACGCCGCCCAACGGCCUCACGAAGGUCCGUUGCAGGCAUCUCCUCUUACGUUAUGCGGGAUGCCAGGCCUUGUUAGGGGACAGGCGUAAGAAGCCUACACGCACCGUGGGAGAUGCUGAAACGCAAAUGCUGCACAUUCUCCCGCAGAUUGCCAAUGGUGGACCCGCUGCAUUUACCGCAAAGUGCAAGGAAAUCUCUGAAUGUGACACCGCGAUGAAAAGUGGGGACCUGGCCGGCGACUUGGGCUGGCUCGACAGAGAUCCGGCAAAAAACCGGAAGGUGCCAGCUGCUGUGGUUCGGGCCGCCUUCUUCCUCGCAGUGGGGCAGGUGAGUGAUCUGGUAUCAUCCGAGCGUGGGAUACAUCUCAUUCUCAGGACUGCCUGA